ACAAAAAUGAUUACUGAAUGAUUCUUUUUCAUUAAAAUUAUAAAUUUAUUAGAUUGCCUUACAAAAAUUAUUACUAAACCAAGCAUAGAAUCUAAAUAUUAAAAAUUUGGCCAAAAAGGAAAAUAGAGGGAGAGGUAGAGGGUUAUAAAAUGAGUGAGAAAAACGUCCUCUUUCCAGUUUCUCUGUCCUCUCUAACCUGCGGCGCCAGAGUAAGCAGACAGCAAUGUCGAAAAUACCUAUAGGGUGUGAGCCAAUGGUGGGAUCGCUAACGCCGACCAACAAAAAAAAAUACAGAAUGACGUACAAAAUCGAAGAACGCAACAAGCAGAAGAACAACAACAAAAAAGAAGACAAGCGCCCAUUGUACGCCAUUGUCUUCAAUUUCAUCGACUCUUGCUACUUCAAUCUCUUUGCUGCUGUCGGCGGGAAUCGAGUUACUGUAUACCGAUGUCUCGAAGGUGGUGUUAUUGCUGUGCUGCAGUCUUAUAUUGAUGAAGAUAAAGAUGAAUCCUUUUACACUGUAAGCUGGGCUUGCAAUAUUGACGGGAAUCCAUUGAUAGUGGCUGGAGGAAUAAAUGGAAUUCUCCGUGUUAUUGAUGCUGGCAAUGAGAAGAUACACAAGAGCUUUGUUGGGCAUGGAGACUCAAUAAACGAAAUUAGGACUCAAGCCCUGAAACCAUCUCUUGUAGUAUCAGCCAGCAAAGAUGAAUCGGUUCGCUUGUGGAAUGUUCAUACUGGAAUAUGCAUUUUGGUAUUUGCUGGUGCUGGGGGGCACCGAAAUGAAGUACUCAGUGUGGACUUCCAUCCUUCUGAUAUAUAUCGCAUUGCUAGCUGUGGAAUGGAUAACACUGUUAAGAUCUGGUCAAUGAAAGAAUUCUGGACAUAUGUUGAGAAAUCGUUUACUUGGACGGAUCUUCCUUCCAAGUUCCCCACAAAAUAUGUCCAGUUUCCAAUAUUCAUAGCUUCUGUCCAUAACAACUACGUUGACUGUAACAGAUGGCUUGGUGAUUUUAUCUUGUCCAAGAGUGUUGACAAUGAAAUUGUACUAUGGGAACCAAAGAUGAAAGAACAGUCUCCUGGAGAGGGCACCGUUGACAUCCUCCAAAAGUAUCCUGUCCCAGAGUGCGAUAUAUGGUUUAUCAAGUUUUCAUGUGAUUUUCACUACAAAGCAGCAGCUAUAGGAAAUAGAGAAGGGAAGAUCUUUGUCUGGGACCUACAGAGCAGCCCACCAACUCUGAUUGCAAGGUUAUCUCAUGUUCAAUCUAAAUUACCAAUUAGACAGACUGCCAUGUCUUUCGAUGGAAGCACCAUACUUAGCUGCUGUGAAGAUGGGACUAUAUGGCGCUGGGAUGUGGUAGCAACAUCUUGAGUUUGAAUAGAACAUCUGUCUCCUGCUGUGCCAGUGAAUUAACUUGUAUUAUUAGUGCUGGACAUAAUGCUGUAAUUAUAGCUUUUGGUAGUGGCCAAAACUCAGUGUGUCCUUGAGUAGGUUUAGAUUGUUGCUAAGUUGUUGAUACUGAUCUUUCUUUGUUGUCUGAA